AUGGCGGCCCAAGUCGCCCAGCCCCGGGACGUGUCCGGCUGCGGGGGAACUUCGGUCGGGGCCCAGGGAGCUGAGCAAGCGUCCUCUUAGUUUUCGUUCCCACGAAGCGGCGCAGGCAGGCCCUCGGGGAGAGCGAGCAGCACGGCCAUGGCUUAUCACUCGGGCUACGGGGCGCCCGGCUCCAAGCACAGGGUCCGGGCAGCUCCGGACCCCCCGCCCCUCUUCGAUGACACCAGUGGUGGGUACUCGAGCCAGGUCGGGGGAUAUGCAGCUCCAGGAACCGACGUGGCCUUCAGUGUCAAUCACCUACUCGGCGACCCCAUGACCAACAUGGCCAUGGCCUACGGCAGCUCCAUUGCAUCCCACGGCAAGGACAUGAUGCACAAGGAGCUGCACCGUUUUGUGUCUAUGAACAAACUCAAGUACUUCUUUGCUGUGGACACGGCCUACGUGGCCAAGAAGCUGGGGCUGCUUGUUUUCCCCUAUACACACCAGAAUUGGGAGAUGCAGUACAGCCACGACGUGCCUCUGCCGCCUCGGCAAGACCUCAACGCCCCUGACCUCUAUAUCCCCACCAUGGCCUUCAUUACCUACGUGCUGCUGGCUGGGAUGGCCUUGGGCAUUCAGCAAAGGUUCUCUCCUGAGGUGCUGGGCCUGUGUGCCAGCACGGCACUGGCGUGGGUGCUGGUGGAGGUACUGGCCCUGCUGCUCGGCCUCUACCUGGUCACGGUGCGCAGCAGCCUGAGCACCUUCCACCUGCUGGCCUACAGCGGCUACAAAUACGUGGGGAUGAUCCUCAGUGUGCUCACGGGACUGCUGUUUGGCAGCGAUGGCUACUACGUGGCGCUGGCCUGGACCUCGGCCGCUCUCAUGUACUUCACUGUGCGUUCCCUGCGGACGGCAGCCCAGGGCCCCGACAGUAUGGGGUCCCCGGCACCCCAGCAGCGUCUGCAGCUCUACCUGACCCUGGGAGCUGCAGCCUUCCAGCCCCUCAUCAUAUACUGGCUGACUUUCCACCUGGUCCGGUGACCCCUGCCCCACCCCCACACUCAGGUUUUUUUCAUUUUCCAGACAUUAAAACUUUGAUUCCUCAA